AUAUCUGGAAACAUGGCUACUGAACAUGUUAAUGGGAAUGGUACUGAAGAGCCCAUGGAUACUUCUGCUGCAGUUACCCAUUCUGAGCAUUUCCAGACAUUGCUUGAUGCUGGUUUACCACAGAAAGUUGCUGAAAAACUAGAUGAAAUUUACGUUGCAGGUCUAGUUGCACACAGUGAUCUAGAUGAAAGAGCUAUUGAAGCUUUAAAGGAAUUUAAUGAAGAAGGUGCAUUGGCAGUACUUCAGCAGUUUAAAGACAGUGAUCUUUCACAUGUUCAGAAUAAAAGUGCCUUUUUAUGUGGAGUCAUGAAAACAUAUAGACAGAGAGAAAAACAGGGGACCAAGGUGGCAGACUCUAGCAAAGGACCAGAUGAGGCAAAAAUUAAGGCACUCUUGGAAAGAACAGGCUACACACUUGAUGUGACUACUGGACAGAGGAAAUAUGGUGGUCCUCCUCCAGAUUCUGUGUAUUCAGGACAACAGCCUUCUGUUGGUACAGAGAUAUUUGUGGGCAAGAUUCCAAGAGACUUAUUUGAAGAUGAGCUUGUUCCAUUAUUUGAGAAAGCUGGGCCUAUCUGGGAUCUGCGCUUAAUGAUGGAUCCACUAACUGGUCUAAAUAGAGGAUAUGCUUUUGUCACUUUCUGUACUAAAGAGGCAGCUCAGGAGGCUGUUAAACUGUAUAAUAAUCAUGAAAUUCGUUCUGGAAAACACAUUGGUGUAUGCAUCUCUGUUGCCAAUAAUAGGCUUUUUGUUGGCUCUAUUCCUAAGAGUAAAACCAAGGAACAGAUUGUUGAAGAAUUUAGUAAAGUAACGGAGGGUCUCACAGAUGUCAUAUUGUAUCAUCAACCUGAUGACAAGAAAAAGAACAGGGGUUUUUGUUUCCUUGAAUAUGAAGAUCACAAAACUGCUGCUCAGGCCAGACGUAGGUUAAUGAGUGGAAAAGUGAAAGUCUGGGGAAAUGUUGUUACAGUUGAAUGGGCUGACCCUAUAGAAGAUCCAGAUCCUGAAGUUAUGGCAAAGGUGAAAGUGCUGUUUGUGCGUAACCUUGCCAAUACUGUAACAGAGGAGAUUCUAGAAAAGGCCUUCAGUCAAUUUGGAAAAUUAGAGCGAGUGAAGAAACUAAAAGAUUAUGCUUUCAUUCAUUUUGAUGAACGGGAUGGUGCUGUAAAGGCAAUGGAAGAAAUGAAUGGCAAAGAUUUAGAGGGAGAAAAUAUUGAAAUUGUGUUUGCUAAGCCACCAGAUCAAAAAAGAAAAGAACGGAAAGCUCAGAGACAAGCGGCUAAAAAUCAAAUGUAUGAUGAUUACUAUUAUUACGGUCCACCUCAUAUGCCCCCACCAACACGAGGUCGAGGUCGAGGAGGUAGAGGUGGUUAUGGAUAUCCUCCUGAUUAUUAUGGAUACGAAGAUUAUUAUGAUUAUUAUGGCUAUGACUACCAUAACUAUCGUGGUGGAUAUGAAGAUCCUUAUUAUGGUUAUGAAGAUUUUCAAGUUGGAGCUAGAGGAAGGGGUGGUAGAGGAGCAAGGGGUGCUGCUCCAUCCAGAGGUCGCGGGGCUGCUCCUCCCCGUGGCAGAGCCGGUUAUGCACAGAGAGGUGGUCCUGGAUCAGCAAGAGGCGUUCGUGGUGCGAGAGGAGGUGCCCAGCAACAAAGAGGCCGCGGGGUACGUGGUGCGAGGGGUGGCCGCGGUGGAAAUGUAGGAGGAAAGCGCAAAGCUGAUGGGUACAACCAGCCAGAUUCCAAGCGGCGCCAGACCAAUAAUCAGAACUGGGGCUCCCAACCCAUUGCUCAGCAACCGCUCCAAGGUGGUGAUCAUUCUGCAGGGAAAAGGGGUCGAGGCCGGUCCUGACCUGUUACAAUGAAGACUGACUUGCUAUGUGGGAUUACACCAGAAGCUUGCAGUGGAGUAAUGGUAAGGAAAUCAAGCAACCUUAAGUAUCUCGGCUGUAUAGGAGCAUAUUCUAUUGCAGAAGACCUUCCUGCGAAGAUCAUGGAUUCAAAUAUGGGACAUUUUGAACUAAUACUUGGACUUUGAUAUGAAUUUCUUUAACAGUUUUCUCUGCAGUGCAAAUUAUUAAACUAAAGCUACUCUCUUACCCCAAUGUGUUCAACAAAAUCCUUAACUUCUAGCAUGGUAUCUUCAUAAAGAAUAAAGUUCUUCUUUAAAAUAAAAAAUAAAAAAAAAUCUGCUUUAAGUAGGUUUUCCCCUCCAGGUUUUCUUAAUUAUAAGGAUUCCAAAAGUGGUAUUCUCUUGAAUUCUUGCACUGAAAUUUUUAUUGCAGUGGUAUAGAUGAAUGCCAUCAUUGGUAUCCUUAAAUUUUAUUUCUGCUCAUGAAGGUUAAUCAUGAUUGUCUAUAUAGUAAUCACUUUUGGAUUGUGUUCAGAUACAGCAGUUUCAGGUGUAAUCAUCAGAGCUGGUUAGUCAGGCAUUCCAGAUAGUGGUUCUUUUCAGAACCUUUUUUAAAGGGUUGGUUAACUACCUCAGUAGCAGAGGAUUGAACUAUACCCUGUCUGUACUGUACAUAGAAAAUCUUUGUAGAUAAAAGCAAGGCUUGUUUAAUAUGAUAUGAGGGUAAGAUAAUAUACCAAAUGUAACAUUCUUAGUUGCCUUUAGUUUCAGAGGCUUUGUAAGAUUUCCUCAUGACCAUCAUAACAGGCCUUGCUUUUGUCGUAUUUUGUGGCUGAAAAAGCAGCCUUGCUUCUUCAGAUAUUGUAGUUAUUUGGAUGUAUAAUAGUUUAGCAAGAUGUUACUUUUGUAAGACAUCAGAUGUUCAAAAAAGUGCAUCAGCAACUUGUACUAAAUACUGCAGUGUCCCUUUAUAAAAGGUCAGACUAAAACUGACAAGUGUACAGUGAAGCCUGACAUUUGGAUAUUUUGAAGUUUUUCAUAAAUCAUAGAAAAUAGUAUAUGGCUGUAGUUUAGCUUUUUAGGUAAAAGGUAUGUUUUCAUUAGUGCAUUUCUUAUUGCUGAUCGCUGUAAAAACAUGUGGAUCAGCUUUCCAUUUCUCUUAUGUAGAUCAUGAUAACCUGUAGAGUAGAGUACAAUCAUUUGUGCUAUGUUUUUAAUUUUCUAAAGCACCUUGAUGACAGUGAGUGUUCAGUGGUGAAGCAUCCUCUAUUGAAUCACCUUUCCAAAAAAAAAUAAACAAACAAAAAAAACCUUGUUAAGUCCAAACUUGUGUAGGUAAAGACAAGUGAAAUUAUGAUUUAACUUGGACUUGACAAAAUGAGCUUCCCUUAUCCCCGUUCCCAAAGGGAUACUGCAGUUAUACUACAUACCCAUAGGCACCACAAUGAAAAUUGAAGCUUAUACCUAAUUAAGGUUUUAUACACACCAGUUUCCCCCAGUAAAUGCAAAUUUUAUUAAAAAAUUAGAUAUGUCAUAUGUUGAAAAUGCUCAUGGCAAACAAUCAUUUUGCAUUCCUGCAAAUAAAAUUGUUUUAUACUGUAAGCUGGAGGCGAGUGUAACUUAUUUUUGUAAUAAAGUUUUUAUUUUUU